GUUUCUCCGGUGGCAAAGAUUCGAAAACUGUUUGGAGGUUAUCUCAGAAAUUCCAUAUCAUUCCUAAAUUUUCUAGGAAAUCGUAUCACUCCAUCCUAUGUCGCUUUCGCUAGCGACACCGGAGAGCGUAUGAUUGGUGAUGCCGCAAAGAAUCAGUUGACCAUCAAUCCUGAAAAUACAGUCUUUGAUGCCAAACGUUUGAUUGGACGUGAUUACAAUGACAAGACUGUACAGCACGAUAUCCCCUUGUGGCCUUUCAAGAUCGUCGACAAGAACAACAAGCCCCACGUUUCUUUGAAUGUUGGCAAAGACAAGAAACAGUUCACACCCGAAGAAAUUUCGGCUAUGGUUCUCGGAAAGAUGAAGGAAAUUGCCGAGUCCUAUCUUGGAAAGGAAGUGAAACACGCUGUAGUAACUGUUCCUGCCUACUUCAACGAUGCCCAACGUCAAGCCACCAAGGACGCCGGAACCAUCGCUGGACUUAAUGUUGUACGAAUUAUCAACGAGCCAACUGCAGCCGCUAUCGCCUACGGUCUUGACAAGAAGGAAGGAGAGCGCAACAUCCUCGUAUUCGACUUGGGAGGUGGUACCUUUGAUGUGUCUAUGCUUACCAUCGACAACGGUGUAUUCGAAGUAUUGGCCACUAACGGAGACACCCACUUGGGAGGUGAAGAUUUUGACCAGAGAGUCAUGGAGUACUUUAUCAAGCUGUACAAGAAGAAGACUGGCAAAGAUCUUCGCAAGGACAAACGUUCUGUACAAAAGCUCCGUCGUGAAGUUGAGAAGGCCAAGAGAGCUCUCUCUACACAGCACCAGGUCAAGGUUGAGGUUGAAUCCAUCAUGGAUGGAGAGGACUUCUCCGAAACUCUUACCCGUGCCAAGUUCGAGGAGUUGAACAUGGAUCUCUUCCGAGCCACUCUGAAGCCCGUCCAAAAAGUAUUGGAAGACUCUGAUCUGAAGAAA